UUUUGAACUUUGAAAAUUUAAAAAGAAAGAAAAAAAAAAUUAUAAGUUCAUAAAAAUCGUCUCAAGCAACUCUCAUGCCUGAGGAUAUUUUAGAAGAUGAAAUUGCAAUUAUAAUAAACGAGCUACCAUCUAAUAUAUUUAUUAAUGCAGACAAGGAAAUAAGAAAUCAACAAAUUCACGAGUUCGCUUUAGAUAUUCAGAACAGUUCAGAAAAUGCAUCAAAAGAUGUAACGAAAGAAAUUAUUGAGUGGCUAACAAAAAUAAUAAAACCAGAAGAGAUACAAACAUUAAAUUCAUUCAAGAAACAACUCAUAGAAAGAAUAAAUAGUUUACUACGAGAAAGGACUUCAAAUGAUUACCGACAAGACAGACUAUCUAAUGGAAUGGAAGAUGUUGGAAAUGGAAAAGUAACAUCAAUUUGUUGCGAAUUAAACGCAAAUAAUAUUCACGACCCUGAAAAUGAUUUUAAAGAAUUUAUCGUAAAAUACAUCGAACACUAUUACGAUGUGGAAAAUUCAAUAGCUAGAGAAGCAUUCGGUGAAACGUUAAAGGUUGAGCUUCAAAAACUAAGUGCAUCUACAACAAAAGUAUAUGAUAAAUCUACUAAAAAUGAACAGCAUGUAAUAUCUACGCCAGAUAGUUUACCUAGAGAACUUAAAUAUGUUAAUAUCAUUUCAGAUUGGUUAAAAACACUUCCGUUACAAACAACAUUUGAUAGACAAGGAAAUAGAUCUCGUAGCGAAUUUGUUAACUCCUUAGCCAAAAAUUUAAGUAACGUUGAAGAAAGUAGAAUGAUUCGCCUGACUGGAAUGGAGUACAGAGUGUAUCUUGCGUCGAUAAUAAAUAAAUACGCAAAUCAACUGCUGAUGCCUGCGUAUAAUAAGAAAAAUUUGGAUGCAGUGGUCGAUGAUUUAGUUCAUAAAAUAGAGGAAGUCCGCCCUCGCCUAUGUUGUCAAAUGGCAAAAUGUAAAAGCAACAUAUCUUCAAUAAACAGAACCAAUAUACCAGAUGAACAACUUAGUGAUUUUAUUGAAGUAUAUAUUCGCGAGAAUUAUGAGGAGCUCAGUGAAGAUGAAUUGAAGCUAGAUGCCAUAUCUGCAAGGCUCUUUAAAGAAAUAAAUAAGAAGAAGAGUGAAAUUCCAGAACAUUCAAAUGCUGAUGAAGCUGAAGAGAGAGAUGAACCAGUAAGAAGAUUGAGUUUCAAGCUGAGCUAUGCCAAAGAGAUUGUAGAUUGCUUAAAUAAUUUACCAUUACUACCAAUAAUGGAUAAAACUUCCAGGGAUUUAAGAGUCAAAAUGAUCAGUAAACUUGCAGAAAUAAUGUACGACAGAUGGCGAGCUCUACAUGAUGAUACUAAUGACACUUAUUUUAAUACACUUUUAUCAGAAUACCUGAUGCGAUGGAUUUCAGAAUUUCCACUCGAUACAAGUAAAGAAAUCGAUGAAUCCAUUGUCAUUCAACAAUUAUUGAAUCGAAUGGAACGAGUUAAUAGACAAAAAUUGGAAAGAAAAGAAAUAUCUCAAGGUAAUCAUGAAAGAAACUCGAGAGAAAUGUGUAAAUUUCCUUACACGUGUUGUAAUAAAAUGAACACUACUCAAAACAAUCAAGAUCCCGGAGCUGCUAUUGUAGAGGCAAUAGAGAAUUGGUGUGCUGCGUUACCAGUUCAAACAGAAGAUAAAACAAAUAAUGAUAUGAUAAAAAACUCCGUAUCCACCAAUCUAUUUAAAAAAAUAAGUGAACUUAGUAUGAAUCCAAAAUGUUUAACUGAUAAUAAUCUUUAUCGAGAAUUGUUGUCCGAAGAAAUAGAUGAGCAGCUUGGCAAGCUGCCACAUAAUUCAAAACUUCAAACACUCAAAGAAGACCUGAAACAACUAUUAGUAUCCAAAAUAAUGGAGAAGAGAGUAGAAAUUAGAGAACAGGCUUCCAGUACCGUAUAUAAGCAAGAGUUAGAAAAAACAAUUGAACUGUCACUUCUUAAUCCAGUACUAGCUUAUCAAGAAGAGAGUCCUGGUUUCAAAAUGUUUAAAGAUUGUCUAGCAACAAUGUUUAUUCUCGAUAACUUUGAUUAUGGUUACGAUAAAAUUAAAGAAAAUUGUUUAAUAAGAAUAAAAAAAGAAAUUGACAAAUAUUUUCCAGAAGUUCAGAAAAGAAACACCAUACCACUCAAUAAAGAUCAAAUCUAUAAUGAGUUGUAUAGUCAACUAUUUAACGUCCCCCUUCCAAAUAACACAUCUAUCGCUGAAGAAGUGGAGGAAAUUAAAACAAGGUGUGACAUUGACGCUUGGUUUGAAACUUUACCUCUUAGAACAGCUUCUUCUGAUGGUGAAAUUUUAGCAAGAAAUCAAAUUAUAGCUAUGCUUGCUAAGCGAAUUCAUAGAAUGGAAAAAUAUGAACAAAAUUCUGAUAGUAAGAUCCACAAAGAAACUACAAAAUGGCUGUUAAAAUUACCUUUAUUACCGGGUCAGGAAGACAAUGUUAAUGAAUUAGCUUACGAAUUACUACAAAGACUUAAAUCAACUUUAAGUAAUAGAAAAUGCACACAACGUAAUGAAAUUACGUAUAAAGAUAAAUCUAUAAUUAAUAAUAACAAGAGAAAGAGCAAAGGAAUUUUGGGUACUAGUCAAAUUGCUGGUCCGAGUAGUGAAAAUAAAGCAUGGCCAUGUCCUGCUUCACCCACUUGUUGUCAAACAUCUCCACCGAAACCCACAAAGCCAGCAGACAUGCUUGUGGAUAUUGUCGAAAUGUGGUGUGAAGGAAUUCCACUACAUGUGGAUAAUAGAGAUAACACAAAAGUGAUCAAGGACAAUCUUACUAUUAAAGUUAUUAUGAAAAUAAGCGAACUAAAUGGAAAUUCUGAAACGUUAAACAAUGAUUUCUUAUACGACGCUUUGCUUGACGAUGAGCUAGAAAAUCUAUUGUCUACCUUACCGACAUCUGACGAGUUUAAUCAAAGCAAAGAUCUAAGAAAAAAACAAUUGAAAGUUGCUAUUAAAUCUGUCAAACCUCUUAUUCAAAAAGAAAAAGCCAGAUAUGAGUAUAAACAAGAAUUGCAGAAUAUUGUGGAUAAUUUCUUAAAAGAACCGCAAAAUUUAAUGCCUAAAAUAAGAGGUUUAUACAUCAGUAUACAAAAUGAUGUCAUAGAUAAUUUUAUUUUAUACAAUUACCACAAGAAUGAUGAAGACGGCAGUAUUUAUAAGAUGAUGGUAAAUGUUGCUGUAGAAAAAUAUUUUACAGAAGUUUGUCAAAGUGACGAUAAUCUCUGUAAUCCACUGAUGAUAGGAAAUCAUUUGCUAUGUGAAAUGGCUAAAGUUCCAGCUCUUAGUAAAGCAACAAUUUUAGAAGAAAUUCGAGAAAUACGAAUAAAAUCCAUUAUAUCUGAAUUUUUUAACGAUCACUCCUUAUGUAAUCGUAAUGAUAAGCUACUUAUGAGAACCCAAAUAAUAGCUACUUUAGCUAAACGUAUAAGUGAAUUGGAAAAAGUAAGCAGUGCAACAGAAAACUUCAAUAAAAUAAAAAAUAUUAUUGUAAAAUGUCUUAAUAAAUUAGAUGAAAAUGUAGAGGAAAAAGAUAUCAAUUUAUUGGUCCAAAGUUUACAAAAUCUUCCAGAAACAGAAAUAGCGGCUGCUUCAGAAAGUAGAUAUGAGACACCUCUACCAUUCAUUAAUGAUGAUCAAAGGUAUAAUCAAAGUAUCCACGCACCAGCACAACAUCAAACUAGAUAUAAUAAAGAUAAUCAGAACACAGAAAAUGGAAAGUGGACAUCAUUACUCUCAGUGACACCCAAAGAUCAUGAUGCACCUACUGCAAAUUCAGAAGUUACACAAAGAUCGCAACUCAAUGGCCAAAUUGCUUAUAACAGCAUCAGGGAAUCUAAAACGAAUUACUCUGAUUUCAAAAGAGGAGUUGUGCUAACUUCUUCAAUAAGAAAAAAGGGAUCAAAUGACGAGAAGGCUACAUUAGAACCCAAUCAAAAAAUUGAACGUAAGUCAACCAUUGUAGGCAAAAGUGCUGUUGCUGAUAAACCUAUAGAACCUACAACACCUGGGCAAGUUACAAAGUCUUUUACCCCAAAUUUACAGGACCAUCAAAAACUAUCAGAGCAGGACGGCACGUUUGAAGAAGACGCCAGUAUGCAACGGGCAAACUCAAUACAUACUUCCUAUAAAGCAGCAAAUGAUCAGCAAAGUAUUCCACCAACUUAUGCAUUUACCAGUCCAAUACGACCACCACAAUUCCAGCAAAAUAGGUCAGGACCAAGACAACUAGCACCAAAUACUGAAAACCAGAUUCCAAUUGAUCCAUCAUCAAUGCCAAAUAAUAGAAAAACGAAACUUCCUCCUUACAAAUCAAAGCAAUCAUUACGAAAUGAAAAUUUACGUCAACCAAUACGAAAGACGACAUAUCGCAAGGUCUCGCAACAAGUCCCUCGAGAGGUCUCACAACAGGUCACGCAAAAAAUACCUCCUUUAGCCCAACCAAAAGCCAAUAACCAAUCAAAUUUAUUCAAUGCUUCAAUCACUGAUCUAAAAUCCUCAUCCAAAAAAGAAACAAUCAAACACGAAAAAACUAUAGUUUCUAGUUCUUCAUUAGAUGAUGAAGCAAGGGAUAGGUUUCCUACUUCAUCAUCAAUCACGCUAACAAAAUCAUCAGCACCAUUGAGAAAUAUAAGAGAACCGAAUCCUUUUUCUAUAACACCACAAUCAUCUUCUAUAACUCCCCCUUUUACUACACGAAGACCUACAUCAGACUUAAAUAUACCAUGCCGUAAAAGGAAACCCUCUUUCUUCUUCAAUCCAUCGGAUGUAAUAGAAUCUAGUAGACCUGUCCAAAGACUAGGAUGUAUUGGUUCUGCCCAGUAUACACAAACUGUGGAAAAGAAAUGUAGAAAGGAAGAAUACCUCACAUUAGAUAAAGAGGAUGGAAGCGCGGAAUGCAAGUGUGGAAAAUGGAGGAGAAGACUUUGUAGAAGCGAAAUACCAGUUUGUCGCGCGCACAAGAAGAGGCGCUGCAAAAUUUGUAGUGACUCGAGGCUUUUUUGUUACAAGAUGCCCCCUUGUCAAUAUCCUGGAUUUUAUUAUUAUUAAAUUAAAAAAUAUUGUGAAAUAGGUAUUGAAAAAUUAAAUAAAAAUAAC